AUGUGGCACACAAUCACAUGGCAAUCCCACUACAGUUUACACCAUUUCCAGGCAAUUGAUCUGCUUCCUGAGGCCAUUCUCAAGUGGAUCACCCUCCAUGAGGCCUGGAAAACUGUAGCAGAUCUUCAGAAAGUUUGGCUGAUGGCAGAGAUUCAUGGGAUCAAGAUUCUCAACAAUUUGAUGGAAAUAGACAAUCAAUACGACACUGAGCAGCAUGAAUGCAAAGAGGCAAAGAAACAAGAGACAGGAAUGCAGAAUGAUAAGAAACAGAUUGAGAAACAGUUGGAGAAACGUGCUUGUGAGCAAGAGGGUGCAGUUCAUGACACUGCUAUGAGAUCCUUCAGUGCCAUCAUUUUCGUGCUUCCUCAGGCACUGAAUACUGGUGGUGGAUCCACCUGCACUGCAUAUUUGGACAUUGUGAACACACCUCCAACCAAGCUACUCCUCAAUCCAGCCUCCCGCAUAUCAACCAUUCCCACCCCUCCCCCCCAUUGGCCCUUUGUUGCCUCACCCAUUACAUUGCCUAGUUCUUCUCUGGUGUCAGUGGGCCCUGAGUGGCUGAGAGCAGAACCAUUAAGUCCCAGUCCUCAAACAUUCAGUCCCAAUCCUCAUCACCAUCUCCCUCAAAUACUGGAGAGGCAUCUUGCAAUUCCAUCCCUUCCACCAAACUCGUCUGGCCAAACUCAUUCUGGACCAGGAUCUUGGGCUGCUGCAGAUCGUUGA